UUGGUGCUGCAGCAAAACCAGAAAUCUCUAUUGUGUUCCAUACAGAUUCCAAAGGAAAGGCACGCUUCACAUGUGUGAUAAAGAAGGCAUAUCCAAAGCCAAAACUUAUGUGGUACAUGGGUGGAAAGAUUCUGAAUGAAAAAUCUGAAGGUUUAUUAAUUGAAAAUAAAAAUAUAAACCAGGUAGGAAGUUUUUAUGAAAAGACAUCAUUUUUGUCACUACGGAAUAUAACUCAUUCAACUUUUAAUCAGCCCUUCAAAUGCAUGUCUGCGUACUACUUCACUAGAAAUGACAGAUGGAAAUUUUCCUCUAAAGAAAUACUUAUUCCUUAUGGAGUUCAGAAUACAUCACUGGCAUAUUCAGAAUUCAUUAGUCACAUUACUGCCAUUUCAGAUUCAACCACAGAAAGGUUACAGCCUACGAUUUCUGAAGCCUCAGGAAUAACGCUAGUACCAGAUUCCACUUCAGAAAAACACUUGCAUUCUACUAAAACCUUGCAAAGUGAUACUACUACAAAGUUAUUCAGUGACUUCACAGUACCCCAAAAAAUCUUGCAUUCUACCAAAACCCUGCAAAGUAGUACUACUACUAUGUUGCUCCGUGACUCCACAGUACCACAAAAAUCCUUGCAACCCCGGCAAAAUGAUACUGUUAUUACGUUGUUCGGUGAGACCAUGGUACCUCAAAGAAACCUGUCCAUCAGAAGAGUGACUGAACUAACCACAAUGAAUAGCCCUGCUCAUUCAUACACUGUAAAAGAUGGCCUUAAUACCAGUUCUGCAAUAAUUCCAAAACACAGUACAUUUCCCUGGCCAGUUGUGUCAUUUCUGCUUUUUUUCUGCACGUGUUUAAUCAUUUGUGGAAUCAGAAAAUGGUGUCAGCACCAAAGAGAAAUUAUGAAUAAACCUCCAUCGUUCAAGCCACCUCCUCCACCAGUUAAGUAUUCCUCCAUCCAAGUCUAUAAUGAAAUUUACUCAUCCAGUGAUGAAUUGGAAAAUCUGAAAUCCACCUAAAAAUCUAUAAUGAUCCAGCAUCAAACGGCAUGCUUCUAUUGUAUGGCUUUUAUAAUAAAUGGCAAGCAUUCACUGGUAGUGACGCACAUUCCCAUUUGGACUGCUUAAUGUUGUGUUUGUGCUAAAGUGUAUGACAUUUAGCACAUUCACAAACCCAGAUUGCCUUUUGUAAUUGGCACAUAAUGAAAUCAAACAUAUGGCAAAUCAGAGCUAGUGAGCCUUUGCAGUGGAACUUUGAGUCUGUAUUCAAUAUACAAAUGUCGUUCAUUUGUUUGUUUAAAAGACAAUGAAUGCAUGAGCUAUAUGCAUGAUAUUGAUAAUCUCAACUAUGUUUCUUUACAUCUUAUAGCUACAUGUUUACUAGAGUGGAGAUGCUCGCAAGAGUUACCUGUUUUUUCAGACAGUGGCCUAAAAUGAGAAAGCCACGUUACUGUAUAUGAAUAGAAAGCAUCAAUAAUAAAUUAGGCACAAAUGCAUAUAUUCCAUUAAGGAAUUCACUUCCACUGGCUGUAUGGUCAAAUAAAUGGAUUUACAUAAAACUGAGAAUGAAAGACACAAACUCCAAUAGAAGAGAAUAUGUGUAUCUCAGAGUUGAACUGUGGAGCCCUUGGUGCUAUUUGAGCCUGAUUAUUUGCCUGGGGAUGUUUCAUUACCCUAUUCCAGUGAUGGUGAACCUUUUCGGCACCAAGUGCCAAAAAGGGAGAACUUUGUGCCUGCUCGUCUGGGCCGCAACCAGGACAAGGAACUGGAAACGGGGCAUGCGUGCACUGGAAAAUGAACUUCCAGAACAAAAAGUCUUCUGUAUUCUGGAGCACAUGCGCAUGUGAUGAUCAGCUGACUGGCAUGCAUGCUCACACCGGAAAAUGGAAGACCAGCUCUUCCAGUUUCCGGCACUGCCGCACACACCAAAGCCAGCUGAUCAUCACAUGUGCAUACUCGCCAGAAUCCAGAAGAGGAACGGAUGACACUGCACAUGCCAGGUGAAAUGGCUCCAUGGCCCAUUCUGGGCAUGCAUGCCAUAGGUUUGCCAUCAUGGCCCUAUUCGGUAACU